CCCGAAUUCAGAGCAUAAUGAACGCUGUUCAAUCGCUAAAGCCGGACCCUAAAACACUGGCUAUCAACGUCAUUUGAGUCUUUUAAAUGAUACAUAACGCGAUAAGACAAUCGCACUUGUACCGAUAAGAAAAAUCCCCAUAGCUUCACAGAUGGAGUUUGCAACGAUCUUGUCAACCCCACGUUGAAUUGUAUCGAGUCCCGUGUAGGAUGCCUACAAUGACUAUGCGUUCCAACAUCUCCAUGAAGAUCCUUAUAGCCGUUACGGUAAUUGCUCUUAGUUUCAUUACGCUCAGCGACGGACUGGAAUGUUACAUCUGCAGUUCGAGCGACGUUGACUGGAACGAAGACUGCGAAACUGGUAACCGGACACUGUUGCCAUCGAUUACGUGCCCAGACGCUUACGAUGGGAAAACAGCGUACUGCACGUAUAAGAAAACCCAAUGGAACACAAUCAGCGGAGCUAAUUCAGUCCUCCGCAGUUGCGCUGAUGAGCCCCUGUACCGCAACGGUCAGCAGGACCUAGAAGAUGGAAAUCUAACAGUUUGGUACCAGUCGUGCACCAUGGAUCUCUGUAACAAUGCUUACUCCUUUUCGAAUGAUCAAAUGUUGGCCGUGUUUACCAGCAUGUUCCUGCUCGUUUUGGCCAAGUUAUUGCAGUAAGGUGUGGUCCAUUGUCCUUCCGCAAAAUGAGGGAUGAUAGGCUUUGAAAGCCUAUUUUUUAGCUCCAUGAUUCGGACGUGCAAAUGUAUCUUGAUGCAA